AUGGGCGGAGGAAAUAAAAUCAAGUCGGUUGCCGUCAUUGGCGCGGGAGCUGCAGGAGCGGUAACGGCGGCGGCGCUGAAAGCCGAGGAAGUGUUCGACUAUAUCCGCGUUUUCGAGAGGCGCGAAUCUGCAGGAGGAACAUGGAUAUACGAUCCCGCAGUUCAGCCCAACAUCCUCGUCCGGCCGGGGGCGUUGCCGGCCGAAACCGACCCUCCUCUCGAGAUUCCCCAGAGUCUUCCUGCAGUCACUCGGCACAAUGAGCAGGAGAGAUUCUCCAAGACGCCCAUCUACAGCUCACUAACUACAAACGUGCCCGAGAUUGCCAUGUCCUUUUCAGACGUUCGCUUUCCAUACGGCCCGUUUGCACCUCACCACAUUCCACGUCAAUACAUCGAAAACUACUUUGCGCUGCACAAGACGGAUUCAUUCUUGGUUCUCAACACAACUGUCGAGGAAGUUCUCAAGAUUAACCACCCCUCCAAUGAUGGCUCAACGCAGUGGAAGUUGACCCUCAGAAAAUACGACGCCCUCCGAAACGUCGACAUCUGGUGGGAGGAAACAUUUGACGCCCUCAUUCUGGCAAACGGCCACUACUCUGUGCCAACUAUACCGCAUGUCAAGGGACUGGAGGAAUACAUCCAAAAGUAUCCCGGGCGCAUAGUCCACUCCAAAACAUACAGAUCGCCCAGUAUCUACAAGGACAAACGAGUGCUCGUGAUUGGCAACUCGGCAUCAGGAACAGACAUCAGCCGCGAGCUUGUCUCAACAGCUCAGCUCCCCAUCUAUCAGUCAAGGAGAUCCAAGAUCUGGUGGGAGGGGGAUGAACCUCCAGCAGGCAUCAAAUGGAAGCCGGUGAUCUCAGAGUACCUUCCCAGUGGCAGAAUCGUCUUUGAAGAUGGCACAUACCUGGACGAUAUCGACACAGUCAUCUAUUGUACCGGAUACAAGCCAUCAUAUCCGUUUUGGAACGCAAAGAAGAACGGCCAGCCCCUCUGGCAUGACAGAAAAGGACAGCUAGUAAAAAGCUACUGGCACACAUUCUUCCAGGACUACCCGAACCUCGGAAUAGUCGGCUUGCCUCGCGUUUUGACUUUCCGCAGCUUCGAAUACCAGGCCAUUGCCCUCGCCCGCCUGUUUGCCAACCGCAAUCCAGUCCCUCUCCCUCCAGUAUCGGAGCAACAAGCCUGGGCAGACGCAAGAGAAGAACUCACACGAAGGGAGCAUCGCAAAUUCCACGACAUUUCAUGGGACGAUGGCGAAACGCACGAAUGGCUGCAGGGCUUCCUUAAGCUGUCUGGGCUGGGGACAUUGACAGGCGAAGGAAGGAUUCCACCGCCGCUGACAAAGGAAAUGAUAUGGGCUAUUGAGAACCUCAAGAAAUACAGGCCAGGAGGGGAUGAUGGCAAGAAGGACUCGGACGGUCGACGAGCAGAAAGCCAUGACUGGGUCGUGGUAGACGGCAGAAAACGUGAUGUUCUCGGUUUCAUAUAA